AUGCCUCCCCUGCGCCUUAUCGAUGGAACACUUGUCAAACAAGGCGCCGAGGCUCACGUCUACAAGUCUACAUUUCUCUAUCCAAAUGUUCCCUGUCUUAUCAAGGUCCGUCCAACUAAACCAUAUCGGCAUGCCACCCUUGACAUGCGCCUCACAAAGCAUCGUUGUAUAUCUGAAGCCCGGCUGCUUAACCGCUGCCGGUCGAUGGGGGUUUUAUGUCCGACUGUCUACUUCGUCGACGAGAAACGUGGGGAAAUCAUUAUGGAGUGGAUAGAAGGCCCCUCCGUUCGAGAUUUCUUGCACAAUUACAUAGAUGACGCAUCUGACCAUGGCAAAGAUGAGAAUAAGGCUAUCGAUGUGCAACUCGACGCUCUCAUGGAAAAUAUUGGCCAGACAAUUGGGAAACUGCACGAUAUCGAUACAAUACACGGGGACCUUACGACUAGCAACCUUAUGUUGAAACCUCGAGAAAGUCCAGGCACUCAGGUUUUAGAUACGGCCGAUACAUCUCUUGCAAAUUCGGAUGUCGUACUAAUAGAUUUUGGCCUUGGUCAAGUUUCGAGCAGCGACGAGGAUAAAGCGGUGGAUCUUUAUGUACUUGAACGUGCUUUCCUUAGCACACACCCAAGGGCUACACGCCUAUUCGAUAUUAUCAUUGAUUCAUAUAAACGGAAUUGUCUUGGAUCAUCUGUAGUCUUGAGACGACUGCAGGAAGUUCGACUAAGAGGGAGGAAAAAGAGCAUGGUCGGCUAA